UAGUCUCUGUAUGCAUCCAGACACCGGAGCAGUCGUUACCCCCGGUCUAACAGGGCAUUUCGCUCCCAUGGGAAACCACAGCGCUGUACGACUACGCUCAGUUCAUUACGCGCUAAAGGCCAAGGAAAUUUGGUAUAACUUUGGGAGAUGUCAGAAAGUUCCUCAGGUGUGAACACAAGCAGUGGCAGUUUUCCCAAAUCCCACUCCUCCCAGUAUUCUGAAAUCAGCAUCACACACACACCCCUCUCCGUGGACCAGAGUCCAGAUUCCGGAAUCGUCAAAACCCCUCUGCCGUCCAGCCGGUUCAGGUUCGUGUCGUGGCAGCGGCUUGAGGAGAGUGAUGUCAAAGGAGACCAGCUCUCCUGUCCCAGGGUCAGAGAAGGGCCGUCAGUGGAGGACCUCUUUCUGAGAAAGGACGACAUCCCCUUGGAAAGGGGGAGGAGGAAGAGGAGAGAGGAGGAAGGGCAGAGGUGGGAGGAGAGGCUUCAAGAGAACUGGGAGAAUUGUGUGGAGCUGAAUCUGUCCUAUCAGGACUUGGGAGAUCCGUUCCAGCAGGAAAACUUCCGUCGGAUCCUGAGGAGGCUGAUCCGAGUGGAGAGACUCCAGCUGAUCAAUAACUCCCUCACAGACCUGAGUUCUAUAUGCCUGCCAAGGUGCCGAAGCCUGAAUCUGCAUCGUAACCACCUGACAUGUAUACGUCAGCUGCCAAAGCUCCCGGCCGUGGAGCACCUGUGUCUCUCUGAGAACGGCAUCUCAACACUGAGGGGACUGGGGGCUCUGGGAACCAGCACACUCCACUCCCUCACACUCAGAUCUAACCCUGUCAACUACAUACAGGACUACCGUGCACGUGUGUUCUCUUGUUUGCCAAAACUAAGAGUUCUGGAUGGAAUCCCCAAGCUGCCAGAAGAUUCUAUGCCUCCUGGACUCCAACUCCCAGCAGCCACCAGGAUGUGUAACGUUCUGUGACAUCAAACUAAGGGGCUUUGGAAAUUCCAUAAAUAAUAAUAAAAGUAAUUCCAUAAAUAAUGCACUG